GCCCAAAUUCCAAGUUUCCCGAGCACCCUUGGAAACUCUGAUCCCCCACUUCCUUGAUGUGUUAAUCUAGUCACUACUGUCAUCGUCAUCAAUGCUUUUAUUCAUAAUAUAAUCCACUCGUUAAAUACGACACCGCACCGCACCAUCGAACAUGACCUCACCGUCACCGACGAUACUAAAUGUCCCUCUCACACACGCCGCGCACGCUCCCAUCUCACCGCCGACGAUCCCUAUCCACGACGCACCUCCACACACCCGCUAACUCUUCCUCCUCCAUGUCGCCGGAAUCCACUUCCCUCCAUUUCCGCCAGAUCCUCGCCGCAGCGCUGUUUUUCUUCGCCGUUUCCCUCUCCUGCCUACUCCUUUUCAGAGACGCCGAUUACUCUCAUUUCGUUUCCUCUUAUUCUUUCCCCCGUUUUCCGACCGUUUUCCCCUCUGCUUCCAACGAUUUCGCCGCGGCUAGCAAUGAGUAUCCACUUGAAAAGAUUCUGAGUGAGGCUGCUAUGAAAGACAGAACUGUUAUAUUGACCACAUUAAAUGAAGCAUGGGCAGCACCAAAUUCAAUCAUUGAUCUUUUCCUGGAGAGCUUUAGAAUUGGAGUUCGAACUCGUCGGCUUUUGAAUCAUUUAGUAAUUGUUGCGUUAGACCAAAAGGCAUUUAUACGCUGUCGGGCUAUACAUACCUACUGCUUUUUGCUUUUUAGCGAAGGUACUGAUUUUCAUGAAGAGGCAUAUUUUAUGACUCCUCGCUAUUUGAAGAUGAUGUGGAGAAGGAUUGAUUUCCUGCGAUCAGUUCUUGAGAUGGGAUACAAUUUUGUAUUCACGGAUGCUGAUAUCAUGUGGUUUAGGGACCCAUUUCCACGGUUUCACCACGAUGCAGAUUUCCAGAUAGCCUGUGAUUAUUUCACAGGUAGCUUUGACGACAUACAUAACAGACCAAAUGGAGGGUUCAACUAUGUGAAGUCCAAUAAUAGGUCAAUUGAGUUUUACAAAUUCUGGUACUCGUCACAAGAAUCCUAUCCUGGAUACCACGAUCAGGAUGUCCUCAAUUUCAUCAAGGUUGACCCUUUCAUUACUGAUAUAGGGCUGAAGAUGAAAUUUUUGGAUACAUCUAAUUUUGGUGGCCUUUGUGAACCAAGUAAAGAUUUAAAUCAAGUUUGUACCAUGCAUGCAAAUUGUUGUUAUGGUAUGGAUAGUAAGCUUCACGAUCUGAGCAUUAUGCUUCAGGAUUGGAGGUAUUAUUUGACCUUGCCUCCAAAUUUAAAGAGAUUGUCAGUUAUAUCGUGGAGGGUUCCUCAGAAAUGCAGCCUCAAUUCUCUCAAUCCCAAUGGUUCACCAGAGAAGAGUGUUGAAGAAGAUUAAAACUUCUCAUUGCACAUGUUAGUUUCCGAUACAUCGAUUGGAUAUUCAGCUGAAAUGCUCAAAGAUUAAAGGUUAUUUAUUUAUUUUUUCAGGUUCGCUCUACUAUUGUUAGGAUAUAGAAUAUAAAAUAAUUAGAGUUAGUUAGUUGAUGAGUUUGUUAGGUAGUUAUUAAGAAUUGUUAUUUUGAUUUUUCUUAGAAAGUCUUUAAAUAGCCCUCAAUUGUUAGAAGGGAGGAAUAGCUUUGAAGAAUUAAGUUGUAAACUAGAGAGUGCUCUAGUGAGAAAGGAGAGUGCUCCUUUGGGGUAACCUUGAGUGCAAGGUUAUAUCAUCUUCAUUAUUAAUCUCUUCUAUCUUUUCUUUCAACCUCACUACAUGAAUUAGAUAUCAUCCUUUUGUUUAAAAUCUUUAUCUGUAUUCCUUUGAUUCUGUUUUUCACACCAUUAUUUUAGGAAUUCUUUCUUGCAUAAAGAAAGGUUCCUAACAACUAUUGUAAAGGAUAAUAAUUGAACUUUAUUGCUA